CGAGAAACGUGUUAUCGAAGCGAUUUUGCAUUUGAAAGAGACUAUAUCAUUGUACGCAACAGAAAAAAAUAAUAACGGUGAAGACCAGUCAUCAUGUCGCGAGACUUUGUUGGGUUCUUGCGAGGGAUGGAAAAGAUAGGCCAGGCAAUGACUGCCACUCAGCAGUCAAAGUGGCAGCAGGCGUGGAAAAAUUCCUCUGUUAGAUCUGCAGCUGGUCAAGUGGUUAGUAAAAUUGAGGACCAAGUCAGUGAGACCAGGUCUGAUGAGUUUCAGAAUUUGAUGCAGAACAAGGUGAGGCUUAUGGCAAGCCAGGUUUCCAUUUUGGUUGACACAGUACGAAGCCAAAGCCAGAUACCAAGGUCAGAACAUCCCUACCCUUUUGAAUUAGAUCCUGAGACUCCUGAAAAUGCAGAAACCGUUGGAUUUGAUGAAACUUGUACAUCUCAGCUGGAGGAAGAGAUGGCUAGCCAUGGGAUGAAGCUUGGGGACAACACUGCAGUCUUUCAACCUGUUGCCUCAAAACAUACUACAGUUCAGAAAAAUGUGGAUACUUCCACAAUGGCUGGUCCAGUACAGGAAAAAGGGGAAGAUAUUGACAGAACAACUCAUUCAUUUCAGAAUACUGUAGAAGAUGUAAUUGCUUCAAAAACAUUUACAAACUCAACAAACAAUAUUACUGAUAGUUCUACAGCCAGCCCUGACAUAGGUUUCACUCCACCAACUCCAAAGCUUGUAAAUACUGAGGCUAUACCCAUACAGAAAGCUGCUCAAAGGAAACCGAGUAUGAAGACACCAGAACAAAAGCUGAGAGCCUCUGCUAGAGAGAGGAAAGUACCAGCAACCAUGGUCAGCAGAUUAUCCAGUUAUGGAGGACUGGCUGUGGGACUACUGGCUGGCACUAUAGGAGAAGUAAGCAAGAGAAAGCUUGGGCUAUCUAAACCAGAGGAAACCCUGAGUACUGCUAGCAUCUUCAUAAAUGAAGCCAAUGCUGAGAGGGUAGUCAAUACACUAUGUCGGGCUAGGGGUGCUGCUCUCAAGCUGGGACAAAUGAUUAGUGUACAAGACUCAGCAGUUGUUCCUCCAGAGAUACAGAAGAUAUUUGAUAGAGUCAGACAAGGGGCAGACAUAAUGCCUUCAGCACAAAUGAUGAAAGCAGUCACAAAGAACUUGGGUAAAGACUGGCAAGAUUUAGUUGACCUGGAAGAGAAACCUUUUGCGUCUGCUUCCAUAGGCCAAGUCCACCGCGGUUUGAUGAAGGAUGGCAGAAAAGUUGCCAUGAAAGUUCAGUUCCCAGGUGUUGCCCAGUGUAUAGACAGUGAUAUCCGAUCCUUGAUGGGUGUACUCAACAUGUUCAACAUCAUUCCCAAAGGUGUAUAUAUAGACAGUGUAAUCGCUGUAGCAAGAACAGAAUUGAAAUGGGAAGUGGAUUACCUCCGAGAAGCCAGGUGUGCUCGCAGAUUUAGAGAGCUGGUGAAAAACGAAUCACAUUUCUUAGUACCUGAAGUCAUAGAUGAGCUAAGUACAGGGGAGGUAAUUACCUCAGAAUAUAUGGAGGGUAUACCACUGGAUCAGGGCGAGGACCUUCCACAGGAGACACGCAACAAGAUUGGUUCAGAUAUCUUAAAGCUAUGUCUGAAGGAGCUAUAUGUCUAUCGAUUCAUGCAGACUGAUCCAAACUGGUCAAACUUUCUCUAUCAGCCUGAUACAGGAAAGAGUAUGGAAGAUGCACAUGUCAGUGCUGUACAGAUCCUAGGUGAGGCGCUUGCAUCAUAUGAACCAUUUGAUUUUGGAGCACAGAAUAUGACUAAAAGAAUCACAGAAAUUAUCCCAAUAAUGGCAGACCAGAGACUGUGCCCUCCACCAAUAGAGACUUACUCACUACACAGGAAAAUGUCUGGUGCCUUCCUCCUAUGUGUGAAACUCCGCAGUAAGGUGCAGUGUAAAGAACUUUUUGAAGAAAUUUGGACAAAUUAUAAGUUUGGAGAUAUUGAAUCAGAAGUGUGAUACACUGUUUAGAAAAUCUGCAAUGUACAUGUAUAAUUUGAUGUAGAAGCGUUAGUACAAAAUGUGUUAGAGCCUUAGUCAAACCUGUGAUCAAAACUAUAUGUGUUUACAAGUGUAAGCAACCAUAGCAUGUUUAGUCUGAGUGUGGAGUAUGUUUGUGUUCUCUAGUCUUAUCAACCCUAACAUGUUUAGUCUGAGUGUGGAGUAUGUUUGUGUUCUCUAGUCUUAUCAACCCUAACAUGUUUAGUCUGAGUGUGGAGUAUGUUUGUGCUCUCUAGUGUUAUUGACCUAUCAUGUUUCGUUUGAAUGUGGAGUGUGUGUUCUCUAGUAUUUUCAACCCUAACAUGUUUAGUCUGAGUGUGGAGUAUGUUUGUGCUCUCUAGUGUUAUUGACCUAUCAUGUUUCGUUUGAAUGUGGAGUGUGUGUUCUCUAGUAUUUUCAACCCUAACAUGUUUAGUCUGAGUGUGGAGUAUGUUUGUGCUCUCUAGUGUUAUUGACCUAUCAUGUUUCGUUUGAAUGUGGAGUGUGUGUUCUCUAGUAUUUUCAACCCUAACAUGUUUAGUCUGAGUGUGGAGUAUGUUUGUGUUCUCUAGUGUUAUUGACCUAUCAUGUUUCGUUUGAAUGUGGAGUGUGUGUUCUCUAGUAUUUUCAACCUUAUCAUUUAAACUCUGAUUUUGUAGUAUGUUUGCAUUCUCGGGUGUCAUUAAACCUACCAUAUUUAGUCGAGUGUGAAGUAUGUGUUCUCCACUGAUGCUGUUUCCCUGAAUUACAUCUACUUGUUACAUUGUGUAAUAAAUUAGUCAUUCCGUAUAAUCAUGAAAUUGUCAGUUUUGCAUAUUGUUGAAAAGCAUUUCACUACAAAUCAUUAUGUCUGAAUUAAUAGAAAAGGUCAGUUUGUGGUUGUUAUAGCUUUGUAGACCAGAUAAGGGCAAACCAAAUUACCCUUUAUGUUCUAAUUUGAUUCUCUCAGACCAACAUAAAUUAUUUAUCAUUUACAACUCAAACUCUUUACUGGGAGUUUGCCCGCCUAGCUAUUAGGCACACAGAACAUUUGGGGUUCCGCCAAAAGGUUCCCAGGGGUCGAAUCAACUUUCCGAAUUGAUAAGAAAUGAUUCCCAAUUCUCAAUGAUGUUUCACAGCACAUUUAGUUAAAAUCCAU